UGUUAAUUAAAAAAUGAAUGCUUUAGCUUUCUUUCCUGAAUAUAUGUUGUAUAAUAUGAAAUAUAUGCAUUUUGUAAAUUGUCAUUCCCCUUGUCUUAAGGAGUUGGCAUGCCACCUGCUGGUGCAUUAAUGUAUAAAAUAAUGAGUCAAUGCAUAAUUGGUGUUUAGUUUUGAGGCCCAUGCAUUUUAGUAAAAUGGAUUUAAAAGUGUCUGGCACAAUUGAUUUCUGUCUAUUUUUCUGAACGCCAUCUAACACAAAUCUCUUUUUCAGCUCCAUGAAAAUGACCACCUCUGCAGAUGAUUUAUUUAGUUCCCAGAUAUGUGUAUAUUCUAUAAUCUAUCAAAAUUGCUUCCCCUCCUCUUCGUGAGGAUUGUGCUUUGUGUGGCUGCAUGCAAUAAUGCAGAAUAUGAAAUUGAUGGAGAGUGUUGCCCGAUGUGUGAUCCAGGAAAGCGAGUUCAUAAACAUUGUGAUAAGUACACAAGCACAACAUGUGAUUCAUGCCUCGUGAUGACUUACACUAAUGCUCCUAAUGGAUUUACAGAAUGUCUACCCUGUUCUGUCUGUGAUGCAAGUAAUGGGCUGAGAGUAAAGCAGACAUGUACAUUAAUAUCAGACACAGUGUGUGAACCUCUGCCAGGUUAUUACUGUAUAGACUUGCUCUAUAACUGUAAAAGGGCCAUGAAACAUUCAUCCUGCUCACCUGGACAAUACAUCAACCAAACCGGAACAGAGUUCAGAGAUACAGUGUGUGAUUACUGUCCUGCUGGUUCAUAUUCAAAUGGUACAUUCUGCAAAUUGCAUACAAACUGUGCAUCUCUUGACAAAAUAACAAUCAAGGAAGGAACAGAUAAGACUGAUGCUGAGUGCAGUAACAGAGCACCUUCUUAUUUACUGCCACUGAUUCUGUGUGUGUGUGGAGUGUGUUCGCUGUCGCUUAUUGUCAUAAUUGUAAUUAUUGUAAGGAAAAAAAUUAAGCAAAAUAGUGGAUUAAAUCGAGUUACAACUCAAGAUUUAGACCUGUAAACUUUGUUUUUAAUCAUGUAAUGUUUUUAAAUAGUAAUUACUGUUUCUACUAUACGUUUAAUAUUUUUUCAUGAGCACCAAAAUCAAGCUGGUCCUCCCUCUGACCAAGUUAUUUGCUCUCUUGGCUAAUGUUUAUAGAUUAAACUUGUAUAAAUGCCAGUCAGAAGUUGCAUAGAUCCCCCAGCAGAUCUUUUAUCAAAGAUUCAGUCAUGUUUAGUGGACUUUUUUUGGGACAAGCUGCACUGGGUACCAAAAGUGUAUUGAACCUUCCUAAAGAAGAAGGAGGACUUGGACUGGUGCAUCUACAAACAUUCAGUGCAUACAAAGACUUUUAACAGGCUCGGAGAACCCAAACCUCUACACUGAGAGGGUUUGAAGGACUAGGAUUGGAUAGAGCCUCACUGUGAUCCUCAGAAGCUGAAACUCUCCAAGUUUCCUGUUUUUUAUCAAAUCUUUUUAAAGUGUGGGCCUUGUUCAAGAUUCCAAAGAAGAGGACUGUGAACACUUUGUUCUGGCUGUUGCACGAGGCGUUUAUUUUGGGCUCACGUUUGGCCUUGUCCAGUGAACUGAGUUACUUUGUGACAGACGAGAAUCUUCUCAACUCUGGAGCUAACUUUAUAGAUGUUCAGUGACUGAGAAGCUGGGGUUGAGAUCUACUCGUUUGGUUGCCAGAACACUUGACAAGUGGAGGACCGCUUUGUCUGAAAAAGAACUGAAAUUGUUAUUGGAUUACUCACUGGGGUUUAUUAAUCCAGAUUGUACUGAUUAUUUUCCCGAGUUAUAUUUAACUCCCUUAAUGGACAAUUGUGGAGGCUGUUUCUUAGAGGUUAACAAUUUGAUUGUGAUGCGCUCAGAAUGCUACUUCUGGAAAGGUCUGUUACAAAAUCUGUGUUAAAAUCUUUAAUAAGAAGACCUUGG